GCGUUGGCAGAGGACAGCUCAGCGCCGCCGAAGGACCCCAAAGGGCCAAGAUGGCUGCGCCCGUGACAGACGCCGGGGAGUUUGAAAGCUGGCUAAAUGAUCGGCUAGACUCGCUAGAAGUAGACCGUGAGGUGUAUGGGGCUUAUAUUCUAGGAGUCUUGCAAGAAGAGGAGAGUGAUGAGGAAAAGGAAGACGCGCUUCAAGGAAUUCUAUCCGCAUUUCUGGAUGAGGAAAGCGUGGAAGAUGUCUGCAAACAAAUUAUCAAGCAGUGGACGGAUUGGCGCGACAGAUCGGCAGACAAAAGGGAUGGAGAUGCCGAGGUGCAGGCCAUCGCCAGCCUGAUCGAAAAACAAGCCCAGAUCGUGGUGAAACACAAGAAGGUGUCCGAGGAGACCAAGAAGGGGAAAGAAGCCCUCCUCGCUCAAUACGCCAAUGUGACGGAUGACGAGCAUGAAGAUGAAGAAGAGGAAGCCACGAGCGGAAACAACUUCCCCGCGCCGGAGAAAUCCCUGUUCAAGAACACCAACGUGGAGGAGGUGCUGAACAGGCAGAAGCAGAAGCGGGACCAGGCCCGCGACGACGCCCAGAAGAAGAAGGAAGGGGACAAGAUGCAGCGAGAGAAGGACAAACUGUCCAAACAAGACCGGAAAGAGAAGGAGAAGAAGCGCACGCAGAAGGGGGAGCGCAAGAGAUAAAGCCCACGGGACACUUUGCACGUGGCGGGGGAAAAAAAGGUUUUGUUAUGAGACAAAGAUGAAUUUGCCUCAUUUUAGCCGAAGGAUCGUUGGCAACAUUCAGAAUGCGAACACGUCUUCAUCGUUUAGUUUAAUCACCCUCACCUCGUCCGACUAAAGAACACGCUGAGCGUCUGGCACCUCCCACAUCGGUGUGGUCCUGGACAACGACAUGAGCGGACACACAAAAUUGUUGCACAGCAUAAAGCUUCCAGUUUUGGAUUGUUGCAGUCGGUCACGCGUGCUUUUGCUGAGCUUCGACGCAGUUACCCGCGAAAGAUCAAAGGACGCACUUGAAGAUGAAAAAUUUCUGCUCAAACAAAUGAGCGACGUCAUCCUUUCGAUGUUUGGCUGUUAGUUUGACUGUUAUUUUGUCUGACAAUAACAAAAAUCGCACCUCAAAUAUGUGAUGUAUUACGAUUGGGAAUGUGUGUAAUGAGGGUCAUCUUUUGAAAUUAAUAAUAAAAGCCGUUUUCAACUA